AGUAGUAGUAGUAGUAGUAGUAGUAGUAGUAGUAGUAGUAGUAGUAGUAGUAGUAGUAGUAGUAGUAGUAGUAGUAGUAGUAGUAGUAGUAGUAGUAGUAGUAGUAGUAGUAGUAGUAGUAGUAGUAGUAGUAGUAGUAGUAGUAGUAGUAGUAGUAGUAGUAGUAGUAGUAGUAGUAGUAGUAGUAGUAGUAGUAGUAGUAGUAGUAGUAGUAGUAGUAGUAGUAGUAGUAGUAGUAGUAGUAGUAGUAGUAGUAGUAGUAGUAGUAGUAGUAGUAGUAGUAGUAGUAGUAGUAGUAGUAGUAGUAGUAGUAGUAGUAGUAGUAGUAGUAGUAGUAGUAGUAGUAGUAGUAGUAGUAGUAGUAGUAGUAGUAGUAGUAGUAGUAGUAGUAGUAGUAGUAGUAGUAGUAGUAGUAGUAGUAGUAGUAGUAGUAGUAGUAGUAGUAGUAGUAGUAGUAGUAGUAGUAGUAGUAGUAGUAGUAGUAGUAGUAGUAGUAGUAGUAGUAGUAGUAGUAGUAGUAGUAGUAGUAGUAGUAGUAGUAGUAGUAGUAGUAGUAGUAGUAGUAGUAGUAGUAGUAGUAGUAGUAGUAGUAGUAGUAGUAGUAGUAGUAGUAGUAGUAGUAGUAGUAGUAGUAGUAGUAGUAGUAGUAGUAGUAGUAGUAGUAGUAGUAGUAGUAGUAGUAGUAGUAGUAGUAGUAGUAGUAGUAGUAGUAGUAGUAGUAGUAGUAGUAGUAGUAGUAGUAGUAGUAGUAGUAGUAGUAGUAGUAGUAGUAGUAGUAGUAGUAGUAGUAGUAGUAGUAGUAGUAGUAGUAGUAGUAGUAGUAGUAGUAGUAGUAGUAGUAGUAGUAGUAGUAGUAGUAGUAGUAGUAGUAGUAGUAGUAGUAGUAGUAGUAGUAGUAGUAGUAGUAGUAGUAGUAGUAGUAGUAGUAGUAGUAGUAGUAGUAGUAGUAGUAGUAGUAGUAGUAGUAGUAGUAGUAGUAGUAGUAGUAGUAGUAGUAGUAGUAGUAGUAGUAGUAGUAGUAGUAGUAGUAGUAGUAGUAGUAGUAGUAGUAGUAGUAGUAGUAGUAGUAGUAGUAGUAGUAGUAGUAGUAGUAGUAGUAGUAGUAGUAGUAGUAGUAGUAGUAGUAGUAGUAGUAGUAGUAGUAGUAGUAGUAGUAGU